AAAGCACCUUCUGAUGAACGGUUCCAGCUCCCCGCCCUGGGCUCUCGCCAUGGACACUGUGAAAACCACCUACAUCGUGCUGGAGCUGAUCAUUGCCGUGCUGUCCAUCGCUGGCAACGUCCUGGUCUGCUGGGCCGUGGCCAUCAAUAGUACCUUGAAGAACGCAACCAACUAUUUCCUGGUGUCCCUGGCAGUGGCUGACAUCGCGGUGGGUCUCUUGGCCAUCCCUUUCGCCAUCACCAUCAGCAUCGGCUUCCAGGUGGAUUUUCACAGCUGCCUCUUCUUUGCCUGCUUCGUGUUGGUGCUGACCCAAAGCUCCAUUUUCAGCUUGCUGGCGGUGGCCAUCGACAGGUACCUGGCUAUUAAGAUCCCACUGAGGUAUAACAGCCUGGUGACUGGCAAGCGGGCAAGAGGACUCAUUGCUGUGCUCUGGCUCCUGUCCUUUGGGAUUGGACUGACUCCACUUAUGGGAUGGAAUAAAGCCAUGAGUGGCUGUCCCAACGCCACCAACGAGACGGAGGCUGGCACAGGCCCGGAGCACCACGGCUGCUUCGUCUCCUGCCUCUUUGAGAACGUGGUCACCAUGAGCUACAUGGUGUACUUCAACUUCUUCGGCUGCGUGCUGCUUCCCCUGGUCAUCAUGCUGGGAAUCUACAUCAAGAUAUUCAUGGUGGCCUGCAAACAGCUGCAUCAGAUCGAACUGAUGGGCAACUCCAGGACCACGCUGCAGAAGGAGGUCCACGCGGCCAAGUCUCUGGCCAUCAUUGUAGGGCUUUUUGCCUUCUGUUGGCUGCCCCUGCAUAUCUUGAACUGCAUCAGUCACUUCCACGAGGAGUUCUCCAGAUCCAAGCCCGAGUGGGUGAUGUACGUGGCCAUCAUCCUCUCCCACGCCAACUCCGUCAUCAAUCCAAUCAUCUACGCCUACCGGAUCCGGGACUUCCGCUACACCUUCCGCAAGAUCAUUUCCAAGAUCCUCUGCAAGUCAGACGCCUUCCCCAAGGGCACCACUGACAACAACCAGCACCUGACCGGCACCAACAGGAACUCCCCGGUAGCCUCGGUCUCCAUCUGACCUUGCGCGCCC